AAUUCAUUUUCUCUGAGCUUUUCCAUUAGAAUUAUAGUGCUUUAAAUUAUAUGUUUUAGCGUAAUCGUGGAUCUGGCUAGGUUCCAGCGAUAUACAGAUGGUGAUCCAAUACUGUGCUCAGAGUAACCGACUCUUUUCAAAGGUUCUACUUAGUUCUUUUAAUUGUAGCAUCUACAAUCUUGCAACUGUGUCUCCAUUGCCCAGCCUAAAGUUUUAUUCUAAGGCCGAUAACAAUCUUACGAGACCAUCUAAUGACAAUACAACCAUGCAUCCACCAAUACCACCAUUACCGAGGACUUACCAAGUUGUAGUGGCUGCAACACGUGAUAUGGGCAUUGGAAAGGAUGGGGAGUUACCCUGGAGGUUGCCUUCUGACCUCAAAUUCUUCAAGGAGCUUACGGUGACUACAUCAGAUCAUGGGAAGAAAAAUGCUAUAGUUAUGGGUAGGAAGACAUGGGAAAGCAUUCCCCUUCAGUAUCGACCUCUAUCUGGUCGAUUGAAUGUUGUGCUGACUCGUUCUGGGAGAUUCGAUACUGCAUCUGCUGAAGAUGUUGUAAUAUGUAAAAGCAUUACUUCGGCUUUGGAAUUGUUGGCGGAAGUUCCUUAUUAUUUGUCAAUAGAGAAGGUGUUUGUUAUAGGUGGUGGUCAGAUAUUAAGGGAAGGUCUAAAUGCACCGGGGUGUGAUGCCAUCCACAUUACUGAGAUUGAGAAUAGCAUUGAAUGUGAUACCUUCAUUCCUGCAAUUGAUCUAUCUUUGUUUCAGCCAUGGUAUUCAUCUCAACCAUUUGUGGAAAACAGCAUUCGGUUUUCUUUUGUUACUUAUGUUCGUGUGAGAAAUCUUGCUAAUGGAGAUCUAAUUGCAAGAAACAAAAUGGAAUGGAGUAGUUCAGAUUUCAAUAAAUUUUGGGUGAAAAAGUUUACAUUCCUGCCAAAACUUAUUUUUAAGAGACAUGAAGAGUAUAUGUAUUUGAGACUAGUUCAAGAAAUUAUCUCAAGUGGCAACCAGAAGCGUGACAGUACAGAGACUGAUACUCUAUCAAUAUUUGGUUGCCAGAUGAAGUUCAAUCUGCGAAGAACUUUUCCACUCCUUACAGCUAAGAAUGUACUUUGGGAAGGAGUUAUUGAAAAACUUUUGUGGUUUGUUAGUGGUGCAACAAAUUCGAAGGUUCUACGAGAGAAAGGCAUUGAUAUAUGGACUGGAAAUGAAUCGAGGGACUACCUAGAGAGCUUAUCUUUAUCAGAAAGAGAAGAUGGUGACCUGGGACCUAUAGAUGGACUCCAGGAAAGACACUUCGGUGCCAGAGAUACCAACACACAUGCUGACUACGCAGGCCAAGGAUAUGAUCAGUUGUUGGAUGUUAUUGAUAAAAUCAAGAAUAGACCAGAUGACAAAAGAAUCAUCCUUGCAGCAUGGAAUCCAUCAGAUCUCAAACUGAUGAACCAUCUACCUUGUCACAUAUUUGCACAGUUCUCUAUAACCAAUGGAGAGCUGUCCUGUCAAAUGUAUCAGUGUUCUGGUGAUAUGGCUAUCGGGGUUCCAUUUAAUAUUGCAUCUUAUGCAUUAUUAACAUCCAUGAUUGCUCAUGUUUGCGAUCUUGUUCCUGGUGGUUUUAUUCAUGUUAUUGGAGAUGCUUAUGCUUACAAAACCCAUAUCAGGGUGCUGCAGGAACAACUUCAGCAGCGUCCUAAACCCUUCCCUAUUUUGAGGAUCAAUCCAGAGAACAAGGACAUUGUUUCAUUUGUGGCAUCUGACUUUGAACUAAUUGGUUAUAAUCCUCACAAGAUGGAGAUGAAAAUGGCUGUCUAGAGUUUGUAAAAGAUGGGGUAUUAGUAUAUUUCAUGUGUAUAUUUUUUUUCCUUUUUUCUGGCUGCUCUUUUAUCCUAUUCCUUGUUUAUUUGAUUUCACGUGUUACAUAACACGAGCCUGAACGCCAUUAUUAGUCCCACUGCUGCAUUACCUUUGUAGAUGAUUUUGAUCAGGACUUUAUGUAGAUGCUGUCAUUCAAAACAGUCUCAAGUAAUUUUGACCAAUGCACUCAAAUUCCGAGUUUAGUAUCUUUCACAAUCUCUCCAGGGGUUUGGUUGCGUGAUUCAGAUAAUUGUGGCACCCAAGUAGAGAUUGGCAGCAUCAAAAAUACUAUUGGAGUUGUGCCCAUCAAACUCUUCAACGAGAAUGGUGACUUGAUUGGAUAAACAAGUGCAUAAAUUUUGAAGGUGCGAACGGAAGUAAUCAGUGACAGUCUGACAGAGUUGGGGAUUGGAGCGUCUGAAACAGUUUUACAAACAGCAGUAGCAGUGGCUCCGGCCAUUUUUAGAAUAUUUUCACAAUGUUCUAGUGCUCAUAGAGGUUUGGUAUAAGUAAUAUACUAAAAUUCUACUAAACUCGUUAGACAAACAUCAUAAACGAAAUUGUUAUAUUUGUGUUAAAAAAAAUUUUCUAUCAAAUAGAAAUAGCAAGACUACACUCACCCAUUUUGUAGAUAGAUUUCUCAUCCCGAUUGAUGUGGAGUGCAACGUGGUCAGCAUGGGGACUCUUCACAUUGCACUUCAUGUCACUCGGGAUGGGAAAUCGAUCUGUAAGAUCGAUAAGUGAAGUAUUUUCCAAACCUGGACAGCUUGAUAUGCGCUGUGGGUGGGGGAUAAAUUUCUGUGUUGGUUUAUAUUUAGAUUUUAAAAAGUUAUGUGUUAUAAAAUAUGGAUUUCACAUUUGAAGAACAAGUUAGUCCAGCGAGUCGCAAGGCAACUUGCUUUGCUUUCGAGGUGUUACCAUUCCAUUAGCCCAAUGUUUAGGCACUUCUUAUUGGGCCUCUGAAAGGCAAUGGAGUCUAUAUAAUGCCCACUUCCUUUGUAAAUUUGAGUUACACUUUGCGGUUAACAAAAUCAGCAAA